UUUUGUUUCUUCCUUUUUUUAAAAAAAAAUUUAUCAACUAUCAAGGAAUCUGGCGGGGUUCUUAUUAGGACUUUCUCUUGGAUUUCAUAGCAUAUAGCGUAUGUAGUUGCCUUUGGAGCUAAUUUACCUGUGCAGAAAGAAGGUACAAAAUCACAAAGUGAUGGAAUCGUUGAGGGCAUAUUUGAAGAGUCCAAUGGGUCCAAAAACAACUCACUUUUGGGGUCCUAUGGCCAACUGGGGAUUUGUCGUCUCUGGAAUGAUGGAUGCAAAUAAGCCCCCCGAUGCAAUAUCUGGGAACAUGACUGCAGUGUUAUGUGUGUUCUCAAUGUUGUGUAUGAGAUUUGCAUGGAUGGUGAGGCCUCGCAAUCAUAUGCUGCUAGCUUGCCACGCUGCAAAUGAGUCUGUGCAACUCUACCAACUUUCCCGUUGGCUAAGGCAUCAAUGGAACCUACAGCAGAAGGAAAUCGUAGCAGCUACUGACUAACAUAGUACUUCUUCUCAACCAAAAAAAAAAAAAAAGAAACUCCGUAGUUUCCACUUUCCACAAGUUUAGUUAUUUACCAAAGAAAAUGUAAGCAUAAAAAAACCCUUUUAGGGGUAAUUUGGUAGGGUGUAUUAGGAAAAAUAAUAAAAUAAUAAAUAUAUUAGCUUUGGCAUUAUUAAUCUCUUGUUUGGUAGUGUUUUUCAAUAUAUGUAAGCUAAUACAUGUAUUAAUUAUAUAUCAUAUUCAGUAC